CCCACGAAGCAAACGAGCGAAGAUGCGGCGCGAGGGACGGCAGCGAGGGUGGGUGCGCGUGUACGACCGCUCCCUGGUCGACCCGGAGGGCAGGCGCCGCGCCGUGCACGUCGUGGACGGCCCGGUGGUGGCCAACGGCGGCUUCAUCAGGGCGCCCCGGAAGCCGACGAACCAGUCCAAGUCCGGCGGCCUCCGCGCGCUCGGCAGGGACGCCCUCGCGCAGGAGGAGGAGCAGCCGCAGCUCCAUCCGCCGCUGGGCGCCGGGCACUCCGGGUACUACUGCACGACGACGUGCCAGUCGCCGUUCAAGUUCGAGGCCGUGCCGUAUCAAUGGGAGUACGACGCCUUCGUGCCCGAGGAGGUGCAGGCUCCUCGUCCGCCGCCGGCAACGCGUCUCGGGGGAAGGGCGGCGUGCAAGGGGAGCCGCAAGUUCAAGCACAACGAGAUCAAGAUGUACUACCUCGACGCGGCCGAGGAUGUCGAUGGGCGCCUCGAUUAUCUCUAUGACUUCGAUUCAUGAAGCGCACGGAUUGACUUUAAAAAAAAAAAUCUUCCCCUUUGUUUUGCCAAGUUCAGCAGGAGGAGGUGUAUCUUUGUCAUGACUGUAUCCAAUGCAGGUGCUUGCUCCAAUGAAGAUCAUGUUGUUAUUGUACUCCCGAGUCCAUGAAUCUUUAAACGUGUUGAUCUCUAAUUAAAAGUUCAAUUUUUUA